UGUAAGUUGGAUCAGGUGGCAAAAAUGCUAAUUUUGAAGCAAUUUUCCCUGGACAAGGUGGACAGCAGAAGAGGCAACACAGCUCACUAAAUGAAAGAUUAUUCAUCUUCUGCACCUGAGGGCCGCAGCCAAAGCGUCAGGCAGAAAGGGCCGGGAGAGAACCUCUGCCGCCGCGCUGUCCUCUACAAGGCGCGAUCCGCGCUGCUGCCGCCGCCCGACUCUCCCGGCCUGCGGGCGGGCCCGGCCAAAGAGCGGGGACGAGGGCGGCAGCCCCCGGCGCCGGGACGAGGAAGGACGGCGGCGCCCAAGGGGGCCGGCUCGAGCUCCCGAGUCUCGCCUCGCGCCGGCCCUGCUCCUCCACACGGGUUCGCGUUCUGCUGA